AUGACCUUCAGUCUCGCGACGCACGAGCGUGGGCACGUGACCAGAUCUCCGCCGCCCGCUUGGCCCGCAUUACCCAUUUCCGCCGCUCACGCCAAUUCACGCCUAUUCGGGCCAACUCACGCCACUUUGCAUUCCCGUUUGAGCCAUCGGCACAGGGCAGACCCUUGGGGCCCUUGGUGCGUCUGGCCCCCGGUGCAUCUGGCCCCCACUGCGGGGCCCGCCCGAUCGCCUCGGGCCGCCAGACUGGGCCUGCGCUGCCGGGCGGGGCCUUGGCGCUGGAGUCCAAUACGGCCAAUCACAGCCCGCCGUAGCCGGCCAGCGUCCGGCUGCGUGCGUGGGAAACGAUGUAGGGCUGCUUACCCAAAGGUUGCCUCGAAGCCGCCCAGGCGGGCUCGUAGCCGCCCAGGUGGCCCCGCAGCUUUUACGGCCGCUAUAUCCCCGGCCACCACGGGACCGGUUAUCGCCGCUGUUCGCCGCGUCAUCACCCGACGCUCAGAAAACCGCGGACCUCGCGCGCACGUGACCUGCCCGCAUGCAACGCACCUGCUUACAAUUCUGGCGGCCCAGAAGGCGCCGCAGCGCACAAUGCAGCGAGCAAUGCGUCCGCGGGUGAGCGGUGCCCACGUCGCAGUGUCAGUUUUCUUUCGGCCGUGGGCCGCCCUGUGCGUCGUCUGCGCAUCGCCCGUACCUCCGAUUGGUAAUACCCCUUUUUCCCGCGGAGUUGAUUUUGAGAUUAUUAUUCACAAAUGGCAUCUUUUUUUGUCAGCUACCUUGCGUAUUUCUGUUUCAAGACGACUCCGGGCAGUUGUUUGCCGGCUUUUGCUGUGCGUGUUUUUCGGACAGCGUCAUUUCGGGUUACAUUGGGGAGUGAGCAUAUAUUAG